AUGAGGGACACCCCGUUGUCCAACUGCGAGAGGGACUUCUUGCUGAAAGCCAUCGAAGAGAAAAAGCGGAUCGACGGCCGGCAGACAUACGACUACAGGAGGCUGAAGAUCCGCUUUGGGACCGACUACGGAUGCUGCUUUGUGGAUCUGGGACAGACCAGGGUCAUGGCGCAGGUGUCCUGUGAGCUGGUGGCGCCCAAAGACAGUCGAAAAGAAGGAAGUGAUCCCACUGUAAACCACACUCUGGUGUUUUGGGAGCGUUAUCCGACGCCUGGGGGGGGGGGCACAGGGGAAGCAGAACCAGAACCAGAAUCAGAGUCAGCUUCCAGCAAACCGGAAAACAGCCACCCAGAAAGGGAGGAGCCCAGCUCGGGAUUCCCUGAAAUAAUGUUGGAGGAGAACAGGGAGGCGGAGGACAGCAGAGCCGAGUCCAUGGAGGACAUGACGGCGGCCGCCACGGCGCCGAUGCCGAUGACGGAGAUGUAG